AUGGCUUAUAGAGCAAAAGCCAUUGCUUUAGACCAUGUUAAUGGAUCUUUCAAAGAGCAAUAUAAAAGAAUCUAUGAUUAUGCGAAUGAGGUCCUAUGUCGUAAUCUUGGAUCCAUAGUGAAGGUGAAAGUUGAAGAAAAUGAAGGUAGACAUAUAUUCAAGAGGCCUAUUAUAGGGCUGGGUGGUGCAUUCUUGAAAGGGAAAUAUGGUGGUGAAUUGUUAACUGCUGUUGGAAGAGACGCAAACGACCAAAUGCUACCUAUUGCAUAUGCCAUUGUGGAAGUAGAGAACAAGGCCACUGUUGACUCUCUGAAAUCCAGCAUAUGUGAAACAAUUUUUAAGUAUGGAGUUGGAUACAAACCAUCAUCUUAUCAUGAUAUUGGAGAGAAACUCUUGAACCAAGCUGUGAAGAAAACCGAUGCAAAUCUUGAGGAAUGUAAGGAGGAGUGGAAGAGAAUUGGAUGUACAAUUAUGUCUAAUGGUUGGACGGAUAGAAAAAGACGUUCUAUUUGCAACUUCUUGGUGAAUAGUCCUAAAGGGACUCUUUUUCUUUAUUCACUUGACACUUCAGACAUUUCAAAAACAAUUAAUAAAGAUUUCAAAAUGUUAGAUGAUGUUGUAGAGUUUGUUGAAGAAGAAAAUGUUGUUCAAGUUGUCACUGAUAAUGCUGCAAAUUUCAAGGCAGACGGAGAAUUGUUGAUGCAAAAAAGGGAAAAUUUGUAUUCGACUCCAUGUGAAGCACAUCACAUUGAUUUGAUAUUUGAAGAUUUUGAAAAGAAUUUGAAGGUCCAUGAAUUGACCAUUAAGAAGGGAAGGAAGAUUACAACUUACAUUUGUGGGAGAUCAAUGUUGAUUUCCUUGUUGAAAAAGUUCACUAAAGGUAGAGACUGGAUAAGACUGGGUGUGACUAGAUUUGCCACAGCUUAUUUAACUCUUGCUUGUCUUCAUGAAUUGAAGGCAUCAUUGUUGACCAUGUUUAGCUCUGAAGAGUGGAAGACAAGCAAGUUUGGAACUUCACAAGAGGGUAGAAAACUACAAUAUGUGGUAUUAGAUAGCCGGUUCUGGAAGAAUAUCUCCACAUGCCUUAAAGUUGUUGUCCCUCUUAUGGUGGCCUUAAGAUUAGUAGACUCAGAUGUAAAACCUGCAAUGGGUUUCAUUUAUGAAGAGAUAGAUUGUGCAAAAGAGAAGAUUAGGUUUAACUUUAACAAUAUCAAAAAGAGUUAUGAAGAGGUUUGGAGAAUAAUUGAUGUUCGAUGGGAUAAUCAACUUCAUAGGCCUUUGCAUGCAGCUGCCUAUUUUCUGAAUCCUCAUUUCCACUAUGAACCUAACUUUAGAAGUGAUGAUGGUGGAAAGUGCAAUUCGGACUCCAUCUUCUACAUUACUCCGCUGCCACUUCUCUGCGACUUGAAGCAUUCUUCUGUGUAUCAUGGAGAUGCUUCCAUCAGAGGACUUUUUGGAAUGGAAGAUGCAAAUGAGUGUAGGAAAAAGUUAAGUCCUGGGGAAUGGUGGGACAUGUUUGGUGAUGGAACUCCGGAGUUGAAGAGAGUUGUUAUUCGAAUUCUAAGCUUGACUUGUAGUUCUUUUAGAUGUGAGCGUAAUUGGAGCUCAUUUGAAAUGCUGAAAAGUAGACAAACUCGAAAAACUGUAACUCUUCCAUUUGAUGACAUUGAAUCAGAUGAUGAAUGGAUAGCUGAAGAGGCAGACGAUGUUGUUGAGAUUAAUCAAGUUGAAGGUGAAAAUGAUGGUGAAAAUGUUCACUUAGAUGGAGCAACAACAGAUUCUGCUCUAGAUGCUCUUGAUCUUGAUAACAUAACAUUUGAGAACAAUGAGGAUGCACAACAUUCAUUAGAGGAAGAGUUAGAUGGCGAUGAUGAUGGAGAUGAUGAUGCUAUUAUUAGAGGAUUAGGAUGUUUACGAGUCGAUUUUAUAAGUUGA